CUGCGUGCGACACGCAGUGGUCAGUGGGGCUUCCUGUUUACUUGUGGAGUCCAGCAGCUGCAAUGGAGAUGGAAGCGUGGUACAUGGACAGCUCGGACGAGGACCAGAGGAGGCCGCACCGGCUGGAGCCGAACCAGUCUGCUUCACUGGGAGCGCUGGAGCAGCUCGGGGUGUUCCACAGGAAGUUGAAUGCUGAUAUCUACGAAACAGACCCAGAGCUGGAGCAGAUCCGCAAAGACCAGGGCUACAGCUACAAGGACAUCAUCACCAUCCACAAGGACACACUACCUGGCUAUGAGGACAAGCUGAAGAUGUUCUUCGAGGAGCACCUGCACCAGGAUGAUGAGAUCCGCUACAUCCUGGACGGCCGGGCCUACUUUGACGUCAGGGACAAGGAGGAUAGAUGGAUCCGAAUUUCUAUGAGCAAAGGAGACUUGAUCACUCUACCGGCAGGAAUCUACCACCGCUUCACCCUGGACGAGACCAACUACACUAAAGCCAUGAGGCUGUUUGUGGGGGAGCCUGUGUGGAAGGCUUACAACCGUCCAGCUGAUGACCUGGACAUCCGUUCGAAGUACAUGGCUUCUCUGCAGGGAUCCUGAGAGAGGAAGAUGCUGCACACGUUAUCAUCAUCGACAGACUGGAAUCCAUCAGGGUCUCUGAUUGGGUUCUACCAGGGCAAUAUAGCAGGUUUUCCAUGAGUAUGUUAAAGGAGAUUAAAACAGAAUGAUUAAGAUGUUUAUAUCGAGGCAAAUGAAACGAUGUAGCUUACAUUUAGACAGUCUCAGUGGAAAUCUGAAUAAUGACUUAAAUGCUCUCAGAUGCAAGCGUUUCAUUUUUUUAAAUAUUUGUGUACUCUUCAAAACACUAUAUUUAAGUGGCAAAUACUUCAGACUUCACUACAGUUACUAAGAUAAAAUCUGAAGUACCCAUAAAUAUAUAAAGUAGUUCAUAUAAUUACCACCUCUGCUGCUCUGACAGAACUCUUGCAGGAUGAAGGAAUAGAUUUUAUGGAGAUGGAUAUUGUUAUGAUCAGGUGCAUUAUGGAGACUGGCAGGUGAUCCGUACCAACAUUACCAAGUUGUAUUAACCCUCCCCAAAUCUUACCGAAAUCUGUGAACUGUGUCAUGCUGGUGGAUGAAGACAUUUAAGUCAGAGUGAGAGAAAUAAACAAAUAGAUCUACACCCAGACAAUCUCCAAAUCACCAGCUACUGUCAAAAUAGGUCUAAAAGUCUAAAUUACCAUAAAUAGCAAUGUUUCACUUAGGAAGGGGCCGUUAGGCAUAAUGAGCCCCUCUGUCUUUGGUACGUUCUUUAAAUAUGUAGCUGAUGCUUUUAUAUUAUAUAAGUAUAAAGUAUGAUUUAUAUAUAAGUUAAGCUUUGAUUGCAGAGAUCUAAAAUGUGCUAAUUAGCACUAGUGCCAACUGAUACUUAAUAUUGUUCUAUAACAGAAUUAUGAGCAUCCGUGUAUAUAUUGUCCGAUUUAAAAACCUUUUUUACAGGUCGAUACAGAAAAAAAAAUUGCUCAAGGUAAAUGAGAAAUGGUGUAGUCAGAUAGUUUGUCCAGCAGAUGGCGCUCCGACUCCAUUGUUUACAGCACUGUCUGCAGUACAUGUAGCGUCACAGCUCUUUACAAUAAAUGACAUACUUAGUACUUUGUGAAAUACUUUGCUUAAUGAACCACAACCUGAUCCCUCCUCAGGAUAACUCAAACAAACGUGUAUAUAUCACAACUCCAUAAAAUUGGCACCAGUAUUAGUCGUGCCAUAAUUAUUACUAUGCUGUUUCUGAAUACUUUUACCACUGCUGGGUAAUCUGGGUAAAAGGGCCUUCUUCUCUUUGAUUGUUUUAUGUAUACGAGGUUCUGUCAAAUCUCAGCUUCACCAGCAUGGGAGAAAAAUGAACAAGGCAAUGAAUAAUUAGCGUUUUAAAUUUUCACAGUAAAAUAUCCUGGUGAUGUUUGAAUAUUUGUGAGCGUGUGUGCUGCAAAACUUUAUAUCUGAAAAUAAAACUGGCAAUCACAA